AUGGCAGACAGGUCUCGCAUACCGUCGAGCCACGGCCACGGGAGGCCAGCGGGCGCCUCCAACACCGCCGUUGAUGCCACCGAACUCGCUCGACAGUUUGAACAGUUACUCAGAACAAGACGGUUGAACACCCUGCAGGAACGCUCGAGAUCACGCACGUCUUCGCCCAUGCCAUCAUCAUCGUCAUCGUCACCGCACAGUCACGGUCGACCAGCCUCCUCGCAGCCGCCGUCGUACUCUACCAUCCGAAGCCUGCCCAUCUUCCCUACACCACCGCAGGAUUCCGCCUCCCUCAAGUUCCGCAAUCUCCUCCACGUCCUCUCGGUAACGCCGAUGAAGUAUGAGAACCCCGGCCUGCUCGAUGAGGCGCUCUCACACGUCCCGCUGGACCGACUGUACGCAGAGGCAGAGGAGGAGUGUCAGAUCUUGCAGGCUGAGGCGGCAAGCAUGGGUGAGAACGUGAAACCGACCUGGGGCUACCAGGACUGCGUCAUCAAGGCACUCCUAAGUCGAAACAAGCAGGUGCUUACUUGCAGUGAUAGAUGGUUCAAACGCUCCUUUUUCCAAUUCAUCAACAACCCGCCUUGCUCGAGAUGUUACCGGCCAACCCUGCUACAGGGUAUGACCCCUCCAACGCCCGACGAAACCGCCCGGGGAGCCACCAGAGUCGAGCUCUACGUUUGCUCAGAACCUUCCUGCGCCAGCCCUGAACGGUUUCCGCGAUAUUCGGAUGUAUGGACUCUCCUGCAGUACCGACGCGGCAGAGUAGGCGAAUGGGCCAAUUGCUUCAGCAUGCUCUGCAGAGCGGUCGGCGGUCGAGUACGAUGGGUCUGGAAUUCAGAAGACCACGUAUGGACCGAAGUGUACUCUGAGCAUCAGAAGCGAUGGAUUCAUGUCGAUGCCUGCGAAGAGGCAUGGGACAACCCCCGUCUCUACACAGAGGGCUGGAACCGAAGAAUGGCCUACUGUAUCGCCUUUUCCAUCGACGGAGCCACAGAUGUCACCCGCCGCUACGUCCGUAAUCCUGCCAAACAUGGUCUCGAUCGCUCUCGCGCUCCCGAUGAGGUUUUACUUUGGAUAAUCCACGAGAUCAGACGCAUGCGUCGUGAAAACCUUUCCAAGGAAGAACGACGACGAAUAAUGAAAGAGGAUGAGCGUGAGGAGCGCGAGCUGCGUGGAUACGUGGCCCAAAGCAUCGCAACAGAACUCAGUCGAUUGAAUCCCAACGGCACUUCGGCGCCGGUUGCCGGUGAUGAAGUCAAGGUUCCUGUCUCCGCUGCUGCAACAACGACAGGGCAGAGUGGUGUUGAACGGACUGGACAACCAAGCCCUGAUCAGUCGAGAAGGCAUCGAUGA